UUCUUGGAAAAAAAGUUAUUUCAGAGAUGGCCCGAUGUAAAGAGACAAUAUAAAAUUUUUAAGAAAACAAAGAAUGGACAAAACAUGAACUUUCUUGCAAAAGGCCUAACUUGUGCGACACAGGUGCGAAACUGCUUGUCUCACAUUCUUUUUUACGAUUAUUAUUACAACAAUAAAUCAAAUCAAAAUUAUGACAUUGACCCAAUCGAUGAUGUAAUCGGAUUCAUUGAUAAUAUAAAUGAAUAUUUGAAUCGUUUGUUUGAAAAUGAACCUUUUUUUCGAAGACUUACCUCUGCAGAUGAGAUGAAAUACUUGUUCUAUAUUGACGAGAUUAAAUACUUCUUAUCACCAUCUCCACAAAAAAUUGAUCGCAAUUCAAUCGAAAGAUAUUGCGAAAUAAAAUUGUCUCACUAUGAAAAGCUAUCUUCGAUACGAAAUGAGUUGGACAGAUAUAUAGUGAAACCUGAAAGACAACAGCUUUUGGAAGAAAUUUGUACUUUCGUGGCAAAAUAUAUUCAAGUUCGAGAAGAUGUAUGUUACACGAAUGUAAGUGCAUCAUUGGAUACAAUCGCACAAGAGGUACUGAAUUCUCUUAGAAAGAAGCAUCCGAACCAUUCGAUAUUCUCUACGUCUGAUGAAACUUUUUCUUAUUGGAAAACCAACAAUAUCGAAGAUAAUCAUUGGAAUGAAACAGAAAGUACGCAGAUUAUGGAUACACUCCAGGAAUAUAUAUUUGGCACCUUGAACUUUCGACCAUGCAGGUCCUUUCGCGUACUUAUCAAUUGUUUGUGUAUAGAUUAUGUUUUACAAACUAAAUAUGGUCAAGAUAUCAUUGUAGUUACAAUAUAUCAUAGCGUGGCUAGAAGGCUUGGUUUACGAUGCGAUGUAGUAUUUGUUAAAACUGAAACCUGUAUAUUUUGGAAACCAAAAUUCGUCACUAAUAAUUUAGACGAUGCGCGAUGUUUUCACAUAAAAGACGAGCAUUUCCCGAUGUGUUUUAAUCAUUUUCCAGAACACUACACCGCGAUAAGAACUAAAGAGAUGUUGUCGCUACUAAGAGAUUUCUAUGGAAUGUUUAUAACUAGACAUGAAUUAACCACUAUGACAUUAGUCAAAGUGCAUUGUGAUGUGCUGAUAACAUACCCGCACUAACAUAAUCGGAUAUUAGUAUAUAAUAUAAACAAUUGUAAAAAUAAAGAACUUUGUGAGGGUCUUGCAGAUAACAGUUAUGUAUAAUUUACCAUUUUUUAUAAUUUAACUUGGUUUAAGUGUUUAUUGAGACAUUUAUUUACAAAAAAUCAAUCCAAGCAAGAAUUUUAUAGCUUGUGUUUCAUAAUUCGUUUUAAAUAGUAGAACACAUAAAUGAAAACGUAAAAUAUGCCGUAAUAAUUAUCAUUAUAUAUAAUUCAUUUACAAAUCAAUCUACAGAUAGUUGGGCCAACAUAAUGGACAGAUGUUUUUGACAUAUACAUAUAUACAUAUAUUUUCAACUUUUAUAUUAUAGAUAUAAAUAGUAUGCUCUAUUUUUGUAUGCAAUGUCAAGUAAGAAUCAACGCGAUAAAUAAAAUAUAUUUAUUAUUCU